UUAUUGUAAUAUUACAAAUUAUAUUUUGAAUUUGUAUUAACAUCUUCUCAUUGCUGGUUUUGCGUAUGAAAGUCUACCCUUAUAAUAACUAUUCUAGGACAAUGAUCCUUAUUUAAUUUAGGUUGCAUGCCAGUAAUAAUGUAGCACUGGUUUUCCCGUUAUGGCCAGAGAAAGUACUGUAUUUAUGUUUACCUUGUUCUCUCUAAUAGUCUAUUUCUGUUCUUACUUGAUAGUAUGCCAACAAUGAGAUAAUUUUAACUAGCUUUCAUUAUUAUUUUGGUUACAUGCCAAAACUGAGCAUUAUUUCUCAGUUUCAAUUGAAUGUGAUCAUAUGACCAACUAAAACAGAACUAGACCUAACUUACAGAAAUAUUAGAUCUACAAGCUGAUGACCAAGUUGAUCACAUUCCUCUUAAUACAACUGCUUUUGUAAUAAACAUAGUUCCUUAUGAUAUGUCUUCUGAAGAGUUGACCGUUACUUCGGAGAUCUAUUCUGAGUUGGAAGGAUGUCUCUUACGUGGUGUUUCUGAAGAAAAUAUAAUUUCUUAUUUCAAAUUCACGUACCCAUUGGAAGCUGUAAAUGGAGAUGUGAAUGGUGUAGAAACAGACGAGGAUGGCGAUUUGGUGGUUAUUCGUAAGAAAAACAAUGAAAAAGUAAUAAAAAUAGAACACAGUACUGCAACACCGUUGCGGCUAGUGGGACUUCAGGUGUGGCGCGGCGCGUUGCUGCUUGCCGACUAUGUGUUACAUAACGCGCAGGCCUUGUCACAGUCGACAGUGCUAGAGCUUGGCUCAGGCGUUGGUCUCACCAGCAUUGUCACUAGUCUUGUAGCUCGUAGAGUCAUCUGCACAGAUGUAGAUCUGGGAGGAAUCCUGAACUUGAUCACAGCAAAUAUCGAGCUGAAUGCUGAGCUGGUGCGGGCACCGGUGAGCGUGAUGGCACUGGACUUCUUCCAGGAGGACUGGAGCGAGGAGUUGACGGCAGUUGUGGGCCAAACGGACCUUGUGCUGGCUGCUGACGUAAUUUAUGAUAACGAUUUGACUGAAGCGUUUGUUAAAACAUUAACAAAAAUAUUAAGCACUCCACCAAAGAAAACUGUACUUGUGGCAUUAGAGAAAAGGUAAGUACAAUUUAAAUAUAAGAGUGAUUUUUUUAAAAUUGUUUAUUAUGUUUUAUAUCAAGUGGCAUGGAAACAAGUCUGUUGAGCAAUAGUCAAUAGCAGCAUAGUGCAUGAUCGUCAUGUCAGACGGCCGACUAAUUAUCUAGAUGGCGGUGACUCUUGUCUAAAUUAUCUAAAAAUGUUAAUUCAGACACAAUGCCCUUAUAGAUUAAAAGGCCUGAGUGCAAAACUCACAUCCUUAGCUCAUUUGACAAUAU